CCUGCGCGUUCAAUUCGGGAAUGCCAAUUUCCGACCGACGAUGCGUUGAAAAUCAUCAGAAGUCACUCAACUUUUCGGAAGGUCGAAGAGCGAAAGCCCGAAAAAGAACAGCGCCCCAACGAGGGACAAGAAUGCGCAGAGUGACGGCGCAGUCAAAUUCCACGCAUCGACCCAUAAACGCAGAAUCAGGUCGCACAUGGUCUCCGAACAGCGCAGCAAUAAAAAACGGCGAAGAGACGAGAACGAAGACUCGGGUUUCGCGAAAAAACUCGCCAAAACCAGCAGCACAGAGGAUGACGAACACAAGUCCGCGCAUUUCAGAUCACGUUCCGUAUUGAACACUUGCCGCAGUCGGAUGACGAUCAUCGACCCGAAUUUCCCAAGAGAUGUCUUUCAAGGAGCCGGCGAGGGCAUCAACUCACGUCCAUGUUCAGACGUAUGGGCCUCACCUCGAAGAAGCUUCGAACAGGAGAAGACUCUGAAAUCGGACGAAGAUCGAGUAUUGAAAUUGACAGUAGUGCUCAAGCAAGGCGAACUGAGAAAUGAAAACUUUGACGAACUCCUGGCUCAGAAGAUCAAGGACGAAAUGGAGCACUUCGAUAGAGAUCAACUCAAACCCAGAGAUGAAUUUACGAAACAACCCUGGGAAAGAGGCGACAUCUCCCGGGUUUUGGCCAUUCGCCGGCCUUUUCCCGUGGUCAUGGCUCAAAACACCGACACCUGCUCCACAAAUAAGACCGAUGACCAGCGGGGAAACCGGAUGGAGUCGCCUGACGAGAAUGUUCCGUUCACGUGCUUCCACUCGCCAAAAUUAUGCUGGAACUCUGUUGAUACAAUCGCCUCAACGCCUAUGCACAAGAUCGAGUUGAUCAAACGCACGAGCUCUGCAUCAGUGGGCCAAUCGGAGGGAAAGCCAGUGACGAAUUUGACUCAAGCGAAAGUCUGGAAUGAUUCGGGUACAGACCAGGUGUUUCAAGGCCACCCGGCAACACCGAUCCCAUCAUCGGAUCAAGUCGGGGAAGAAAAUCAAAUCAAAAUAAUUUUCCCCCGGCACACGACGAUCGUCAUUUCGCCCGCCAGCAAACAUUGAUGCCCAAAAAUAUUUUCUUUUCAUCGUUUUUUUUUUUUUCGUAAUUUUUGAACAUAAAUGGAAAUGAAAAAAAAGUACAACGGAUUCAAUGAUUUCAACGAUGCAC